UUUUGUCCAUUAGAUAUUGUCCACUGCGCCUCCCGACUCCUUUCCCUCUUCACAUCCCUCGACCAUAUUCAUUGUAACAAUGCAGCAGAGCCAGUGAAGACGAAUCCCCCACCACCCCUCCAUCUUCGUUCUCUCCGUCUUCCUCUCAUCCUACCGAAGCAGCAUCCGAGGAAUGGAGAGAGGCGAGUUGAAGCCGAUGGAUGCGGAACAACUGAGGGAGUAUGGGCACAGGAUGGUGGAUUUCAUCGCUGACUACUACAAGACCAUCGAGGACUUCCCUGUCCUCAGCCAAGUUCAGCCAGGGUAUUUACGCAAACUUCUUCCCAGCUCUGCUCCUGUUGACCCCGAAUCAUUGGACCAGGUCCUUAAAGAUGUCCAGACAAAUAUAUUACCUGGGGUAACCCAUUGGCAAAGCCCAAAUUAUUUUGCAUAUUACCCUUCGAAUAGCAGCAUUGCUGGUUUCAUGGGAGAAAUGCUCAGUGCUGGUCUCAAUAUUGUGGGUUUCAGCUGGAUAACUUCCCCAGCUGCAACUGAACUUGAAAUGAUUGUUUUGGAUUGGCUUUCAAAAUUGCUUAAGCUUCCUGAUGAGUUCCUUUCAACAGGACAAGGUGGGGGAGUAAUACAGGGCACUGCAAGUGAAGCUGUCUUGGUGGUACUCUUGGCUGCUCGUGAUAAAUUUCUCCAUCGGGUUGGGAAGAAUGCUCUCAACAAGCUUGUUGUUUAUGCAUCUGAUCAAACACACUCUGCUUUGCAAAAGGCAUGCCAGAUAGGUGGGAUUUACCCCGAAAAUUGCAGGAUGCUGAAGGCAGAUGCUUCAACUAAUUAUGCUCUCUCUCCUGAUGCACUAACAGAGGCGAUUUCACAUGACAUUUCCAACGGAUUGAUCCCCUUCUUUUUAUGUGCUACUGUAGGCACUACUUCAUCGACAGCCAUUGAUCCCCUUCUUUUGCUGGGAAGAAUUGCUAAGGAAAAUGGACUUUGGUUUCACGUAGAUGCUGCCUAUGCUGGAAGUGCUUGUAUCUGUCCUGAAUAUCGUCCCUAUAUUAAUGGUGUUGAAGAAGCCGACUCCUUUAACAUGAACGCUCAUAAGUGGUUCCUCACGAAUUUUGAUUGUUCAGCGCUUUGGGUUAAGGACAGGAAUGCUUUGGUGCAGUCCCUAUCUACGAAUCCUGAAUUCCUGAAGAACAAGGCGUCACAAACAAACAUGGUUGUAGAUUACAAAGAUUGGCAGAUACCUCUUGGGCGUCGUUUUAGAUCGCUGAAACUGUGGAUGGUUUUACGACUAUAUGGAUCACAAAACCUUCAGGAUUACAUAAGAAGUCAUAUUAAUCUGGCAAAGCAUUUUGAAGGGCUUGUUGCUCAAGAUCCAAGGUUUGAGGUGGUCACUCCACGAUUGUUUGCAUUGGUUUGUUUCCGCCUUGUGCCAUUCCAAUCUGACCUGGAUUUGGCAAAUAAGCUGAACCAUGAGCUACUAGAUGCUGUAAACUCGACUGGAAAGAUUUUCAUUUCUCACACUAUCGCUGGAGAAAAUCAUCCUGCCUUGCAAGCUGCGAAAUCUACCGAUUCAGAGAGUAACAGCGGGAUUUAGUGUGCGUCAUAGAGUAAUAACUAGUCACUUAUUUUUACGAAGUGAUCUUAAUGACCACGCACUAAUAAAAACCAAAACCUGAGAAAAACUUAAUUACCACGUUAAUUGCCGCGUGGGUUGCGGGUUGGUUGUGUGGUUAAAGGCAAAAUGAGUAUACGUAGCAACAAGUUGUAAGUUUGAUGCAUCUCAGCCUCAUAUGUCCUCAAAAAAAGGCUCCUUAUGGAAAAGGUUCGGUUACUUAGCAUCUGAUUCUCAUGGACCCGUGUGGUGCCUGUGGAGCAGUUUUAAGGAUUAUCCUAUGAUAUAUAUGUGUAAUAAUAAUAAUAGUAUAAAUUUUGUAUAUUAAAUAUAUUUUUAUGAUAUAAUUUUUGACA